AUGUAUACUCUAUGGCCGCUCGUUUGUCUGUGGGUUGCGCUGUCGAGUGCAUUGAACCUGGAUCUGAGUUCGGCCUUGAGCUUGGACAAGAAGUCGCCCCUCAGGUUCAUGCGCAGAGGCAUCGUAUAUUCCAACACCACGUCGCCGCCUCCUUUAGACCUUCCCUUGGAGGUACCCACGAUCACUUCGUCCAGUACAACAUCUAUACCGGAUCUCGUUGAGACGACCUCGUCCACAGUAUCAACAAUCACUUCGUCUAGUUCUACAUCAACUUCCGCUACCACCGACACGAGCCUCAGCCUCGCGACAAUCGCUCCGCUCAGUCUUCCACCCAUACUUCCUCCCACUGUCGCCAGUAUCAGUACAACCACAAUCGCUACAAUCUAUCCUCCACUGCUUCCAGCUUCCCCUAAUCCAACCCCCGGCUCAACGACGAUCGUUACACUCAGUCCUUCGCCGCUUCCAGCUUCUCCUAACUCAGACCCGGGCUUGACCACGAUCGUUACAAUCAGCCCUCCUCCGAUUUUCGGUCCCGUUGCUUCGAACCCCAGCAUAACAACGGUCACAGCUUCGACCAACUCAUCAUUCGUUUCUUCCUCUUCCUCCAGCAACAUUGUCAGUCAGACCAAUGGAUCUGCACCUCCCAUUCUCAAAACUCCCCCACCACUACCAUCAAUCACGCGUCCUUUCACAAAUGUGACCGUGAGUUUGGAUCUUGGUGCUACCACGAACGCCUCCACGACCCCCCCGGCUUGUACCGGCUCAGUCACUUACUUUGGAUCUGUUCCACCCACAGUCUAUAUCACGGUCACUGAGGGAUUCAACGUAACGGUCACAGCCAGCAAUGAGUCCGUGACCGCGACACCAACCUUGAUCACCCCCCUGCCCGCCUGUGAAGCAACCAUCAUGCCCUUCGCCUCGACAUAUGGCCCGUUGUCGUCCGCCAGUGAUCAAGACCUGACCCAGACAGAAUCGGCUGUCCCAGGCCCUUCAUUUGUUCCUGUAUUUGGUACUAACAAUCCCCUCAUCGCCCCAGCACCCUCUGUGCCUGCGCCAGCAGCAACACCUGCUAUUGCGACCGCCCCUCCUCCGUUGGUGUCAGCUUCGGCUGCCUCUUCUGGGGUCUACUCCAGCGUUGAUUAUACCAGUACGGUUGUUGUCACGAAGAAGACACCAGUCCCCGUGGUGGUGCCACCCUCUACCUCUAUCGACAUCAACUUCAAUUUCCCCUCACACAGUCCCACCCCUCCUCCGAGCAGUGGAGGAGGCAAUGAUAACGGGAAUGGCAAUAAUUCCGGAAACGGUGGUGGUAACGGCAAUAGUGGCAGCGGUGGAAGUAGUACUGGCAACAAUAAUGGUGGCAGCGGCGGAAACACCCCUGCCCCCAACGCACCAGCAACUGCCGCAACCAGCAAUGAAGGAGGCAAUUUCCCUUCGAUCAGCAUCCAAGGUCCAACUGGCGGUACUCUGAUUGUGGAGGCUCCAACCACGACAGGACUGGGAAACAUCAUCGCUUCGAUAAUCAACUCACCUUUUGCGACAGCCUCGCCGACUGGUCGUGCUUCUGGAGCGGCCCCCUUGACCACAACAGUCAACGGUGUCCCGAUCAUUGUACAGGCGUCCAGUGUUGUGAUUGGAAGCCAGACCGUUGCGAUCCCCAAUCGGGUCCCCACCACUGUGCAAGCCUCGGGAGCUGUCUUCACCGUGGAGCCCUCCAAAAUCAUAGCUCCCUCGACGACCAUAACAAUAUCGCAGCUUCAACAUAACCAGGUUGUAACGCCAAUUCCAACGGCCACGAUUACGACGGCAAUUGGCGACCUCACUCUGACGGUCGGACCCACGGUCGCGAUCAUCUCUGGAACAACGUAUAGAGUCGGGGAGGGCGCGCCAGCCACGACGGUCACGGUCGAUGGAACAAGAAUCUCCAUCGGUUCUGGUGGCGUUGGAUUGCCUAGCACUACUGUGGCGCCUGGUGGCGCGACGAACUCGCCCUACGCUGUGUACACGCUAGAGGGCCUGACCUUCUCGAUCGAUGGCACUGAGGCGAUUGUUGGCGGCACCACGUAUCGCAUCGGGUCGAAUGCUCCGCAGCUCACCACCACCAUCGGGUCGCAACAUGUGUCGGUAUCGCUGGGCCCUGGUGGCGUUGGUCUAGCCAGCACUACAUUGGCACCUGGCGCGCAGCCCAGCUCUCCGUUUGUCGUCUACACCGCUGACGGCUUGACCUUCUCAGUCGAUGGCAGUGAGGCAGUUGUCAGUGGCACGACUUACCGCAUUGGAUCCAACGCACCCCAGGUGACGACGACCAUUGGUUCCGGACAUGUAUCGGUGUCAUUUGGCCCAAGCGGAAUCGGCCUUGACUCGACCACGAUCGUUCCCGCGACAGCCUCGUCACACAGAUCUCAGGCUUCGAAGACCAGUUCGAUAUCCGCACCUGCGACAGCAUCUGCGACACAGUCCGUGGGUGUGGACAGCGCGGCAUCACCUCGGAUCUGUCUCAGAGCCGCUCUGCGAUACUGUCUUCUUGUCCUGACUUUGCGAUGGCUUGUUCUUUGA